AUGCACUGCUUAGUGAGGAAGAGAAGUGAGAAGGACAUCCUGUCAAGCAAAGGCCAGGACCCAGAAGCCACGAUUUUAUUCCUUGUCAUGGCCAUCGGAUCGGUAACGUUGCAAAGGGCGACCCAGGAUCCUGGAACCCCUUCUGACUCUGGAACAGUCUUGUUCGACGUUGAUUAUGAAGGAUCGGCCUCGAAGUGCAUGAUGAACGAAAGCAUAGCAAAUCUCCAGAUCUUGCUGCUGCUUGCAAUCUAUUCCCAAUCGGAUCCCGCCGGAAUGAACACAUGGGCAAUAGUCGAUGUCCUAGGCCGGCAGGCCCUGCGCCUGGGUCUCACAAAAGGGGACACUGCUGGCAAGGGCUAUUCUGCGGCCGAGGUGGAACGAAAUCAUCGUCUGUUCUGGAGUAUUUACGUUCUGGACAGAAUGGUUGCAUUCACGACCGGCACACCGGUAGCCAUGAUCGAUGCCAAUAUGGACAUACCUCUACCUCGGAUCACCGUUGAGGAGUUUGAUUCGCCCCAGCGCCAGGAGCAAGCGCACGUGCUCCAGGUCUCCCGGCACAUUAUACAACUCCGCAUAAUUGAAUACAAAGUCCUCCAAGAAAUACACCUCCGAGACCAGAAGUCUACCAGCACAUUGAUGCGAGAGGACCGCUACACUCUUGUCGUGGGCCUCCAGGCAGAGAUAGAAGACUGGUACAGCAAUGGCUGUCUCCUGCAAUCCAACGAGCUCGACGACAUGACGAUUCAUAUUCGAAUAUGCUGGCUUGCGGCGCGAUACUACAACCUCCUGCUUCUUCUCUACUAUCCGUUUCAUUUCAACCCGGGAACAAUGCUCCUUUCCAACGGCGAGUUGCUUUCAUUAGCGAGGAAGCAUGUCCAGGCUAAUUUUGUACGGUUCCAGCAGCGACAACUGCCUUUGAACCGCCUCACGCUCUGUAGGAUAUUUCCCGUGUGCAUGGUGUUUCUUCACUGUUUCCUGUCUCGCCAAAGCGUGGCAGAGUGCGCCCGCGCCCGUGAAGAAAUAUCCAUGUGCGCCGAUAUUCUCGCCGCCUUCCCAGAGCACUGGGCGCCUGCCCAUCGCGCGGCGCCCAUCAUUCGCCAGCUGGCUGCCCUGGUGUCCAGUACCUGCACAAAGAUUGGAGAUGAGGCCGGCCUCACUGAGGCGGACCAGGCUUGGUGCCUGGCAAUCAAGCUCAGUCUAUCCGAACUCUCCGAAAAGGUGCUGGGAAGAGGGAGUAUCUACAGGAAUAUCCAUUGCUGGCAGGGCUCGGAGUGUGCGAUGCCUGAGAGUGAAAUGUUGUCUGAGAAACCUUCGUUGCCUUGCGCACACUUUACACCAGAGGAAGGCGACGGGAUUGAAGUCCAAAACGGAGCUUUUGUUAUAGAUGUCGCCCAAAAGACUUCAAGUGAUUCUGGGAUAUUUGCAGGGCCUUCUGUUUUGGACUACUUGUGA